AUGGAGGGGCCCUUGUCCACGGCGCCUUUUCGCCGUGAUGGUAGCAGGGGCCGAAGAGACCGUCGGCCUCUGACGUCUCAAGACCUGAACUACCUGGACCUCUGCAAAGCCAUUCUGUCUCAAGUCAACUCCAGCGGAACCCCGCGUCCGAGAGGGGCCCCCACCAGAGACUGCGGCGUCCAGGUAAACGCCAAAGUGGACAAAAUCGUCCAAUGUUCACUCGGGCCCAAAACGCUGUUUUCCUGCGAAAACGACUUCCCCUACGCGGGGAAACCCAAGAAAAUCCCGUUUUCCCCCGCACGCGUUAACAAGACGCCGUCCACCAGCCCGGCGAAAAGCGGCGGGCGCGUCCAGCGACCCCAGUCCGUCUGCUCCCCGGUGUGCGGCCGCAGGACGCCGGAGGGGACGGACCUCCAGCCUGGGUGUGAGGAAGACGAGAGACCUGAGAGUGCUGUGAAAGAAGCCACGACAGACGUAAAGAAACCCAUCCUCCAGCCUUUUAAAGGGAACAACUUUCAGUUUCUGGAGCAGAGGUUUGGCUUUUUCCACUGCAGAAUGUGCAACAUUCGGUGGGAGAGUGCUUAUGUGUGGUGCAUCUAUGGGACUAAGAAGGUGUAUCACAAGCAGCUCUGCCGAAAGUGUCAGGCGGGGUUCAACCCCUACCGGGUAGAGUCAGUCAUCUGCAAGGGUUGCUCUCAGAUCUCCUGCUGUUGUGAGAAGAAGCAAAGACACAUCACUAUGGGGAGGCGUCACCGCCAAGACCUGUGCUGUCGCUGCAAGGGCAUGAAAUGGUCCUGCGAUUCCACUUACCGCUUCAGAUACGUUGCCUGAGUGGGAUUAUGCUGGCUU